AUGCAAGGCGAGUCAAAAGCCUUGGUGGAUACCGCUGCCACGGACAACUUUCUUCGCAUCGAGGAGGCAAACCGGCUGGGUAUUACCUACGAGAAGGGGCAAGGGAGGCUCAAGACGAUCAAUUCGGAGUCCAUCCCGAUCCAUGGAGUUGCUCACAACGUACCAAUGAAGCUUGGCGAGUGGGAAGGCCUCAUCGACUUUUCCUUCGUCACCAUGGACGAUCACCCAGUCAUCAUCGGCAUCAACUUCCUCGACAAGGAGGGAGUGCUCUUGAAGCCCAACUCCAACACAAUGUGCUUGGAGAAGGAAGGGGAGUUUCAUGCGGUCCAUCUCUUGAGAGAAGAUGGUCCCCAUAGUGCUCUAUCCGCUAUGCAAGUGGUGAAGGGGUUCAAGAAGAAUGAACCAACCUUUCUUGUGUCCUUGAAAAUGGAGGAAGAAGGAGGUUCAACGGGAAUCACAACUCCCAUCAUCGAAGGCGUCCUCGAAGAGUUCGAUGACGUGAUGCCAUCGGAGUUGCCGAAGAAGCUGCCACCAAGAAGAGAGGUGGACCACAAGAUCAAGUUGGAGCCAGGAGCGAAGCCCCCUUCGCGAGCACCAUACCGCAUGUCGCCACCGGAAUUAGAAGAAUUGCGGAGGCAGCUCAAGGACUUGGUGGACGCCGGCUACAUGCGGCCAUCGAAGUCACCUUUUGGAGCACCGGUGCUGUUCCAAAAGAAGAAGGAAGGGUCGUUGCGGAUGUGCAUCGACUAUAGAGCCAUCAACAAGUUGACGGUGAAGAACAAGUGGCAUAUUCCCAACAUUGCCGACUUGUUCGACCAGCUUGGAGAUGUGAUGUGGUUCACCAAGCUAGAUCUUUGCUCGGGCUACUAUCAAGUGCGGAUAGCAGAGGGCGACGAGCCAAAGACGGCUUGUGUGACGAGGUACGUCUCUUACGAGUUUCUUGUGAUGUCAUUCGGUCUCACCAACACACCAGCCACGUUUUGCACUUUGAUGAAUCAAGUGUUCGAGCCAUUCUUGGACCGGUUUGUCGUGGUCUACUUGGAUGACAUCGUUGUGUAUAGCAAAACACUCGAUGAGCAUGCCAAGCAUCUACGCCAAGUCUUCCAAGUCCUUCGCGACAACGAGUUGUACGUCAAGAGGGAGAAGUGCACAUUUGCCGCCACGGAAGUUCCAUUCUUGGGGCACGUCAUUGGUGGAGGCAAGUUGAAGAUGGAUGGAGCAAAGGUGCAGGCAAUCCAAGAAUGGGAGCCGCCGACGAAGGUGCCAGAGUUGCGGUCAUUCCUCGGCCUUGCCAACUACUAUCGGAGGUUUAUCAAGGGCUACUCCAACAUUGCAGUGCCCUUGACGGAUCUCUUGAAGAAGAACAAGGCGUGGGAUUGGUCGGAAAGGUGCCAAGAAGCAUUCGAGGCCUUGAAAGCAGCGGUGACGAAGGAGCCCGUGCUCGUGCUCCCCAACCCGACGAUGGCCUACGAAGUGCAAACCGAUGCAUCCGACUUCGCAAUCGGGGGCUUGUUGAUGCAAGAUGGGCAUCCCAUUGCCUUCGAGAGUCGGAAGCUCAGCGAGACGGAGAGGCGAUACACCGUUCAAGAGAAGGAGAUGACGACCGUGGUGCAUUGCUUGCGCACAUGGAGGCACUACUUGUUGGGGUCGAAGUUCGUAGUGAAGACGGACAACGUGGCAACGAGCUACUUUCUGACGCAGAAGAAGCUCACCCCUAAGCAAGCAAGGUGGCAAGACUUUUUGGCCGAGUUUAACUUCGUCAUGGAGUACAAUCCAGGCAAGGCGAAUUCCGUUGCCGAUGCUCUUAGCCGCAAGAGUGCAGCCGCAAGCAUCAGCCACCCCACGUUUCCUUUGAAGGAGCGGAUCGUUGAAGGCCUUGGCCAUGACCCCUUCGCCAAAACCGUAGCGGAGUACAUCGAGCAAGGUAAAACUCGGUGGUUUUGGAUGAAGGAUGUGCUCAUCAUGACCAAGGGAGAGCGGGUGUUCGUGCCAAGAUGGGCCAACUUGAGGAAGGAGAUCAUGAAGGAGUGCCAUGAUUCCAAGUGGGCGGGCCAUCCCGGCAUCGAGAGAACGCAAGCGCUCAUCGAAGAAGCAUACUUCUGGCCGCGUAUGAGAGACGACGUGGAGAUGUAUGUGAAGACUUGUCUUGUGUGCCAACAAGACAAGAUGGAGCAGAGAAGUCCGGCAGGCUUGCUAGAGCCCUUGCCCACGCCUCAACGACCAUGGGAGAGUGUAAGCAUGGACUUCAUCAUCGGACUUCCUAAAGUCGAUGGAUGCGGUUGCAUCAUGGUUGUGGUGGACAGAUUCUCGAAGUAUGGAGUGUUCAUUCCUGGGCCAAAAGACUUGACGGCAGAGGAUGCGGCACGUCUAUUCUUCAAGAACGUGGUCAAGUAUUGGGGCAUUCCUAGCAGCAUUGUGAGCGACAGAGAUGGGCGCUUCACCGGCAGAUUUGGGUGA